CAGAUUUUUUAAAAAGGAAAUGGUUUGUCAACUAUCACGGAUACAGUGAAUUUUUUCUACGAACACACAGAAAACAAGAUAUGAUGAGUUUUCACAGCAACUCAUUUUCUGUCACUUCGACUUUUCCUAUAAAAGACCCACUUCGCCGGCCAACAAUUGCUCAAAGUGAAAACCGAGGCUCUUUUGUCAGCUUUCGACGAACAGCAGGUGCCCAUUUUUGUUUCUUUUCAUUCGUCUUCUUCUGGUGCGGUACUAUAAAUUACUGGCGUGCAGUGGCUUUGGGAUUUUGGGGAGGACUGAGACGGGGAAGAUGGCUGCCUGUCGUCUAUCCUAUAAUUCUCUGGUGUUUAUGUUUGCUGUAAUAUUUCUCUGUUGUUUCAACGGGAGUGUCAAUUGUCGAUAUAUCAAGUACGACACCGGAGCUGGUAUUGUGCCCGGGAAACUGAACGUUCAUUUGGUGCCACACUCGCAUGAUGAUGUUGGGUGGCUGAAGACUAUUGAUCAGUACUAUGUUGGAUCAAACAACAGCAUUCAGGGUGCAUGUGUGGAGAAUGUGCUGGACUCGGUUGUGGAGUCCUUGCUUCGUGAUCCGAAUAGGAAGUUUGUGUUUGCUGAAAUGGCUUUCUUUGAGCGGUGGUGGGUGACGCAAAGUGCAGAAACCCAAGAACAAGUGAGGAAACUAGUAGAUGCUGGCCAACUGGAAUUUGUAAAUGGUGGUUGGUGUAUGCACGAUGAAGCAACAUGCCAUUACAUAGAUAUGAUUGACCAAACAACUUUAGGUCAUCGCUUGCUAAAGGAGCACUUUAACAAGACUCCUCGUGCUGGAUGGCAAAUUGAUCCAUUUGGACAUUCUGCUGUGCAAGCAUACCUACUUGGGGCAGAGCUUGGAUUCGAUUCUGUUCAUUUUGCAAGAAUUGAUUAUCAAGACAGGGCAAAGCGCAAAGAUGAUAAAUCUCUUGAAGUUGUAUGGCAAGGGUCCAAAACUUUUGGUUCUUCAUCUCAGAUCUUUGCCAAUGCCUUUCCUGUUCAUUAUAGUCCUCCAAAAGGCUUCCAUUUUGAAGUGAAUGAUGAUUUUGUGCCUGUUCAGGAUAAUCUCCUAAUAUUUGACUACAAUGUAAACCAGCGGGUUGAUGAUUUUGUUAGUGCUGCUUUAACCCAAGCUAACGUGACACGUACAAACCAUAUUAUGUGGACAAUGGGUGAUGAUUUCCAGUACCAGUAUGCUGAGUCUUGGUUCAAGCAAAUGGACAAAUUGAUUCAUUACGUCAACAAGGAUGGCCGAGUGAAUGCCUUGUAUUCCACACCAUCUCUCUACACAGAUGCAAAAAACGCCGCAAAAGAGACCUGGCCUCUGAAAACUGAUGAUUUUUUUCCAUAUGCAGAUAGUGCAAAUGCUUAUUGGACUGGGUUUUUUACUAGUCGACCAGCCUUGAAGAGAUAUGUCCGACUGCUUAGUGGAUAUUAUCUGGGAGCCCGACAACUUGAAUUCCUGGUUGGGAAGAAAUCUAGUGGUCCCACUACUUUUGCUCUGGGAGAUGCUUUAGGUGUUGCCCAACAUCAUGAUGGUAUCACAGGAACUGCUAAACAGCAUACAACAGAUGACUAUGCAAAACGCCUAGCUAUUGGAGCCAAAGAAGCUGAAGCUGUUGUCAAUUCUGCGCUGUCAUGCCUGACCAAUAAAAGAUCAGGACAGAAGUGUGUGGCAUCUUCUUUGACAUUUAGCCAGUGCCAGCUACUCAAUAUCAGUUACUGUCCACCAACAGAGGAAAAGAUUCUGGAAAAGAAGGGUUUGGUUGUGGUGGCAUAUAAUCCCACUGGCUGGAUGCGCACAGAUAUCAUCAGGAUACCCGUUUAUGAUGCCAAUCUUAUCAUUCAAGAUUCCUCUGGACAUAUCAUUGAGGCACAAUAUAUCAGCUUGGAUAAUGUCACAAGAAACUUAAGGAAGUUCUAUACAAAGGCUUAUGUAGGAUUGCCAUCAACACCAGCCCCUAAGUACUGGCUUCUCUUUCAAGUUUCUGUGCCACCAUUAGGUUGGAAUACAUACUUCGUCUCUAAAGCGGCUGGGAUAGGGAGCAGCAGCAAUGUCUUUUUCUCUAGAAUGGAGAGCCCUCGAAAUAAGGUUGUUGAAAUUGGACCUGGGAAUCUCAAGUUGUCUUUUUCUUCAGCCACUGGCCAGCUCAGAAGGAUGUAUAACUCCAAAACGGGGGUAGAUGUACCAAUACAGCAGAGUUAUCUCUGGUAUGCCUCAAGUACUGGUGACUUUGAUGAUCCUCAGGCUUCUGGUGCGUACAUUUUCCGACCCAAUGGAUCCCCUCCAACUAUUGUCUCAAGAUCAGUAUCCUUGAAAGUUGUCCAUGGACCUUUAGUUGACGAAGUGCACCAACAGUUUAACUCAUGGAUCUACCAGGUCACUAGACUGUACAAAGACAAAGAGCAUGCUGAAGUUGAAUACACUAUUGGACCAAUUCCCACAGAUGAUGGUGUUGGAAAGGAAGUUGUCACGAGAAUGACAGCAAACAUGGCCACAGACAAGGUGUUUUACACUGAUUCAAAUGGAAGAGAUUUUAUAAAGCGGAUUCGAGAUUACAGGUCAGAUUGGCCUCUUGAAGUUAAGCAGCCUGUUGCAGGAAACUACUAUCCGCUUAACCUUGGAAUGUUCAUUAUGGAUAAGAAAACAGAGUUCUCAGUCUUGGUUGAUCGUGCGACUGGGGGUUCAAGCAUUGUUGAUGGUGAAGUAGAGCUCAUGCUUCACAGGCGAAUGCUGUUUGAUGACUCCAGGGGAGUAGGAGAAGCACUUGAUGAAAUUGCUUGUUCUGGAAGUACAUGUGAAGGACUAACGGUUCGCGGAAAUUAUUACAUGAGCAUUGACAAGUUAGGGGCUGGAGCACGCUGGCGCCGAACAACUGGUCAAGAAGUUUACUCACCACUCCUUCUAGCAUUCACUCAUGAGAGCUUGGAGAAUUGGAGAUCUUCUUUUCUGACAAAAGCAACAGCAAUGGAUACAAACUAUUCUCUGCCCUUGAACGUUGCUUUGAUUACUCUUCAGGAGUUAGACGAUUGGAGUGUGCUCCUCCGACUAGCACAUCUAUACGAGGAGGGUGAAGAUGUUGAGCAGUCAAAACUUGCUAAGGUUGAGCUGAAAAGGAUGUUUGCCGGAAGGACGAUAAAAGAAGUGAAAGAAACAAGCUUAUCAAGCACUCAAGAGAAAUCAGAGAUGAAGAAGAUGAGAUGGAAAGUGGAAGGAGACAGUGGAAAAGAAUCUUCCCCAACCAGAGGCGGUCCUCUUGAUCCUUCAACUCUUGUUGUGGAACUUGGACCCAUGGAGAUCCGUAGCUUCUUGUUGAAAUUUUAGGCACAUAAAAUCAGUAAUCAAAUUUUAUGUCAAAUAUAUAAAUAAAACACACAUAAAUAUUGAAGCCCGUGAUCUCUUGGAAGUC